CUUCUUCUUGCAUUAGUACCCCCUACCGUUACCGAAUUCAAAUUCGUUACUCGUCUUUGGAAACAUUCAACGAUCGUACCCGCGAAAUGUCCAUAAGUUAUUCCAUCUCUCCCGUCGAUGAUUAUAAAAUACGCUCGUCAGCCUAACCGACCGCCUUUUACGUAUAAGAGGGCGUUCGAGUACUAACCUCUGAAUCGAGGAAGGAAAUUGAUGGGCUUGGUGCUGCAGUUAGCGUCGGUGUGCGUAAAAUGGCGGACGGUGACAUUGAUUUGUACGCCGAUGAUCUCGAGCAAGAUUUCGCGCAGGACGAAUUUGCGGGUGACGGAGUGGAUUUGUACGACGAUGUAAUCGCAGCUCCAGCAGGCGGUAAUGGUGGUGUUUCCAGUGGGAAUACUGGGGAUGGAGGCGGUGAUACUACAUCCACAAAUGAGGAAACUAAUGGGAAUGCACCUUAUCAUCAGCUUGGAAACAACAUCCAACCUAAUCAAAUAGGAAGACGUCAUCAACUAUACGUUGGCAAUUUAACUUGGUGGACGAGUGAUCAAGACAUAACUGAUGCGGUCCAAAGUAUUGGUGUAUCUGAUUUUGUUGAAGUAAAGUUCUUUGAAAAUAGAGCAAAUGGACAAUCUAAAGGUUUCUGUGUAAUUUCUCUGGGUUCAGAACAAAGCAUGAGAAUUUGUAUGGAAAGAUUACCUAAAAAAGAAUUACAUGGUCAGAAUCCAGUUGUAACAUUUCCGACGAAGCAAGCUUUAAAUCAGUUCGAAUCUCAAUGCAAGACACGACCAGCACCUGCUCCCCAGCAAAGUCAGAGUCAACGUCCUCAUAAUCCGCACCAACAUCAGCCACCUAUGCCACCUCAUCAACAACAUCCACAACAUCCACAACAUCCUCAACAUUCUCAACAAAAUCAUGGUCCUAGAAUGAUGAUGGGCCCUCCACAGGGUGUCAGACCACAAAGAAUGCCACCACCAGGUAUGGGGCCACCUGGACCUGGUGGGCCUGGUCAACAAGGUCCGCCUCGAAUGCAUGGACCACCUAUGGGUCCAGGUCCUGGACCACACCAUCCUUUACCUGGACAUCCUAAUCAAGGUCCACCUCCACCAGGAUAUCAGCAAGCGCCAUGGAAUGGUCCUAGACCAAAUGGUCCACCUGGACCACCAAGAGGUCCUAGUGGACCUGGUGGCCCACCACAGCAAGGACCUCCAGGACCCGGACCUGGACAGCACAGACCACCAGGCAUGAGUUGUACUAGAGACCUUUCAGAAGCCAGUUUUCAUAUAUCACAGCAAUUUCAUGGUGGUCCACCUGGACCCCCUGGUCAGGGUCCUCCUCGUGGACCACCUGGACAUCCUGGAGGACCUCCAGGUGACCCUAGGGGUGCUCAACCACGACCAGAAUGGAAUCGACCACCAGGAAUGCAUCAUGGGCCUCAGGGACCACCAGGUUUCCCUCAACAUCAACAUAUGCAAGGCCCACAACCUGGCCAAGGGCCACCACAGAGAGGACCUCCUCCAGGUUCUAUGGGUGGAAUGUUACCAGGUCCGGGCGGCCCUCCACCUGGACAUGGCGGACCACCUCAGGGACCACCUCAAGGACCUCCAGGAGGGCCGGCACCGCAUGUAAAUCCAGCAUUUUUCCCACAAGGACCACCUCAUCAACAUCCAGGACAACAUCCUCCAGGUCCUCCUGGUCCUCCUCAUGGUCCGCCUCAUGGUCCGCCUCAUGGACCACCCCAUGGUCCACCCCAUGGGCAACCGCAUGGACCACCGCAUGGACCACCGCAUGUACCACCGCAUGGCUACGGGCCACCUGCAGCACAGCCACCUUAUGGUGCGCCAGGACCUGAUCAUCGUCCUGAAGGUCCUCCUCCGCUUACGGAUCAAGAAUUUGAAGAAAUAAUGGGACGCAAUAGAACAGUGUCCUCUUCUGCUAUAGCCAGAGCAGUAUCGGAUGCUGCGGCUGGAGAAUAUGCAAGCGCCAUUGAAACCUUAGUUACUGCAAUUUCUUUAAUAAAACAAUCUAAAGUAGCUGCAGAUGAUAGAUGCAAAAUAUUGAUCAGUUCGCUUCAAGAUACUCUGCGAGGUGUUGAAACAAAGAGUUAUGGUUCUGCUCGCAGAGAACGUUCUCGUUCGCGAGAUAGAGAACGUAGUCAUAGAAGACGCCGUGAACGAUCUAGAAGUCGUGAUCGAGAAUAUAGAGAACGUAGCAGGGACAGAGAUAGAGAACGAGAUAGAGAACGUGAUCGUGAAAGAGAAAGAGAUCGUGACCGUGAUAGGGAACGUUAUUAUAGUGAACCGUAUCCCCGAGAAAGAUCACGCAGCAGAGAGAGAGACCGUGAUCGAGAGAGAGAUCGGGAAUACAGAGAGAGAAGCAGAGAAGAAAGUUAAAAAUUGGUCAACUCGCAAAUCAUCCCAUAUGGGGUACAUACAGUACAGCUCAAGUGUAUAAACUCAUGUGCAACACAACAUACGUCUUAAGCAAGAAACCUAAGCAUAUGUUGAUAUUUGGAAUAGUGAUCAUUCCAAGAUUAUUUAAGUGUUCUUGCUCUUCAGAUAAAGAAAAAAAAAAGAACGUUGACAAUUCUCAAAAAUACUUAGGAAAACUUUAUUAAACCCAAAAAUAAUGGAAUAUUGAAAAAUUUCAUGAAACUGCAUUGUGAGUUAUAAUACAUGAAAAUCAUAACUUAUGAUUAAAUUCAACAUAGUGGGUUUGUUUACUUAUUGAAAAAAGUCAAGUUCUAAUAUUUAAAAUCUUGAAAAGAAAAUAUUAUGUGUGUGUUAUUUUACACAACUAAUGACAUAUAUAAAAAAAUUGAUCUUAAAGUCUAUAAGUCAUCAAUACAAAUGUGAAAGAGAAAUUUAGAAAAAAAUUAGCAUUUAAUUGUAUUAUAAAUAUGUUACUUUAAACACAAUGACUUUUUUAUAAGUCAGUGUUAGUACUUUGAAUGAAUGAUUUUCAGCAUUUGUGAACUUCUCAUCAAUGUGUUUGUUGUUGAGUGUAAGAGUAUUAUAUACUCGGUUAUAAUAGGAUUGAAAGUAUUAAACAUGAUAUUUAAAAUAUUCUAAAAAUACAUCGCAUAUAUGUCAAAUUCCGGCUGAUUAAUUAAAUUUCAUAUUUAUUUUCAUAUUUAUUUUUUAUUAGGAAGAUAAAAUCACAUUAUAUGAAUGUAUUGUUAAAUUUUGACAUGUAUUGUUAAAAAUUGAUAAAGAUCAACAGCCAGAAUUUGAUAGUACAAAAUAUUUCUUUGGUGUAUUGGCCAAUUGAUACUUGUCGAAUCGAUUUUCUUAUUAUGUACCUAUGGUAUAUAAAAUAAAACAGUAUAUACCUUAAACUGUAAUAUAAUUAGUAUUAAGUUACUAAACAAUAGAUUAUAUAGAUGACCAAGUUAGAAAUCAAACUUCUUCAUUUUAAUGUACAACCGUUUGAAUUUUUUUAAAAGCAAUUUGCGUUUGUAGGAAAAAGUUCAUAUUUUUUUCUACAGUAUGAAUUUUAUUCAUAUGUUGACAAGAGAUUAUUUAAUAUGAAUAGAAAUCGGAAAUAUUCCAUAUAAUUCUGUAUAGAAGCGGAUUUUUAUUUCUAUUUUUAAUGUGAUUCCGCAUUUUUCGAGUGUCAUUAAAUAUGUGAAAUAUUAGUACCAUUGUAGCAAAUAAAUUUAAUAAUGCGGUGAAAUAAUAUAUACAUUCAUGGUAGUACUUCUUGGUAAGAUAUAUUUUGAUAUAAAUGUAUAAUCUCUCGAUUUAGAGUGUGUGUAUAUACAUAUAUAUAUAUUUAUAUUUAUAUAUAUAUUUUAUUAUAUUUAUAUUUAGAUAUAUAUAAUUUAUAUAUAUAAAUAUUUAUAUAUAUAAACAAAUAAAAAUUUAAAUGCAAUGAACAUUUCGAAAAAA